AACAUUGAAGCCACAGGGCAUCGAGUUGGGUGACUUUUACCGCUUCUUCCUUGUUCCUGGCAUGCUGUAAGCCCUUCCCUAUCCCACGUCUAGCAGCUGAUCAAGCUAGCCAACAGCCACUGCAAAAUGAGCCCGACAGCAUGGACGCCCCCAGGUACUUUGCCGGCGAUGGCCUGAACAGCGCAUUCGGCAGCGACAACAUCCACGGCGUCCCUGGCUUCGAAGACGCCAAACAUGAUAUCGUCUUGGCUAUCAUGAGCUGGGUUGAGAAUGGCACUGCUCCGGAUACGCUCGUUGCGACCAAGUACAAAGAUGACGAUGCCACUGAGGGUGUGCAGCGGCAGAGAAUUAAUUCUCUGCCCGUAUCCGCUUGUUGCGCAGUAUAUCGGGUCUGGAAACUGCAAUUGUACUGCUUUGUACGGAUGAGUUACGGUGUAGCCCUAAUACGUGAUCCAGCCACAAACUCUUCUGCAACAGUCAUAGUUAAUCCCAGAUAGAUAUUCACCAUCGAAAUAUUCAUUUUUAAUAUUAAAAAAUAUUUGUAUCUCGACCAGAUAAUAACUGUAAAAUACCCCUUGAAACGGCGCAUGCCGAGUAAUUUACCGUACGGUCACAGCCCGUGUAAGAAACCCCCCAACGCG